AUGUCUCAACCAAGCCGAGUGAUGCGAAUGUUCGAGUUCGAGCUCGAGCAUAAUGCGAGAAUGCUCAGGAACUACGUCUGCCAUCUUGGUGCUGGAGAGUACCAGGAUGCUAGCGUUUUGUUGCAGCUGAUGGACAGGAGCCUCAGUGAGCUGCUUCGCGAUGACGUCCUCGAGUUUGGGAGAUACAAAGUAGCUAUUGUCCUUCAACUGCGCUUGUUGAAGCAGGAUGGUGUCACCGGUGACAAGGUGUUCAUCAGCUUCUUCGUGCGCACGCGAACCACCAUCAUCCUGAAUGAUGAUGAUGUUCGUUACAAAUUGGAUAGUGCUGCAGCAGAGAUCGAUGCUCAAAUCGAUGAGUUUGUCCGGAAUGGAUCGGGGUGGAUCGUGGAUCACGUCGAAGCCGUAUAUCUGGAAUUGUCGAAAUUUGAGCCGAUGGGAGGUGGAACGUUCAUCCAUCUCCCCCAGCACAUCAAGGCUAAGACAGCCUGCCUCAAUGUCAUCAACAACGACGAUCAGUGUUUGCAGUGGGCUCUGCUGGCCGCAAAACAUCACGAGGAUGUUGGUCCAAACAACAUUCGAGUAUCGAAGUACGUUCCAUACGUCGACGAGCUGAACUUUGCCGGUGUAGAGUUUCCAGCUAGUAUGUGUGCCAUCACGACGUUGGAGCAGAACAAUGUCGAUCUCGCCGUCAACAAUUUCGGCAUAUCGGAUGAUGGGAAGACUGUCGUUCCGCUUCGUCUGACCAGAAAAGGCGAUCCUCAGGAAGCCAUCAAUCUGCUCCUGUUUUCUGGUCAAACUGAGGACGAACGUAACGUGCAGCACUGGGUGUUCAUCAAGAACAUGAGUCGUCUGGUACACAACAAAAGUCAUCAUUCACGGAAGGUGUGCUACCGGUGUCUGAACGUGUUGAGUACUCAGACGGCUCUGGAGAGUCACCAGCUGCAUUGUAAAGACCAUCUCAUCGCGCGGGCGGUGAUGCCGCAGAAGGGUGAAAAGCUGCGUUUCACGCAGUACGAGAAGCAGCUUCGUGCACCGUAUGUGAUUUAUGCUGAUUUCGAGAGCAUCAUCACACCUCAUGCUGAGCCUAAAAGCAUUGGGGGGAAGACGAAGCAGCACUCGGAGCACAUACCCUGUUCUGCCGCAUACAUCGUCAUGCGCAGUGAUGGCACCGUGACGGAUACGUUCCAGCAUACGGGCGAAGAUUCAGUAGAGCAGUUCCUGACCUCCCUGGAACUGCAGGAAGUCUCCAUUCGUGAAGACUUGGAGAAUCGUCGCCCUAUGAACCUGACGCCUGAUGAGGAGGCUGGUUUUCUCAGCGCCAGGGAUUGCUGGAUAUGUAAACGUCGUCUCGGAGGGGAUCGUGUGCGUGACCACGAUCACAUGACGGGUGCGUUUCGCGGAGCAGCGCACAACUCCUGUAAUCUUCAGCUGCGCAUCGUACCCGGCAAGGUGAACAUCCCGGUGGUGUUCCACAAUCUCAGGGGGUACGACGCGCAUCACAUCGUCAGUCAUCUCGGUAAAACGAAGAUUGACGAAGUGACGUACCAAGAUGCUGGAGACAAGGAGCACACGGAGCAGCGCGGCUCCAUCAACAUCGUUCCGUCCAACAUGGAAAAGUACAUCGCUAUGAUGUGGCGGCAGUUCGUGUUCAUCGACUCGUACGCUUUUCUCAGCACUUCGCUGGAUAAGCUUGCGAAGGCAACACCUGGAGAAGCGUUCGUCCGCAUGCGUGAUCUGCAUGAGGGGGAUCCCGAGAAGACGGAUCUUCUGCUGCGGAAAGGUGUAUACCCGUACGAGUACAUGGACUCGUUCAGCCGCUUCGACGAGGAGAGUCUCCCCCCACGGGAGAAGUUCUACUCGUCGCUGUCCGAGGCACACAUCACCGAUGACGAGUACCGUCACGCGCAAACCGUCUGGAGCAGGUUUGAUUGUGUCACUCUGCGUUAUUAUCACGAUCUUUACCUGAAGACGGACGUGUACUUGCUGGCGGAUGUAUUUGAGAACUUCCGCACCACCGCCAUCGCCACGUACUCGCUAGAUCCGGCCAACUACUACACGCUGCCCGGGUUUGCGUGGAGUGCGCUGCUCAAGGUGUCCGACGUCAGUCUGGACCUGCUGUCUGACGUGACGAUGCACACCUUCAUCGAGCACGGCAUCCGCGGUGGAAUCAGCAUGAGUGUGCAGAGGUACGCUAAAAUCCCUAAAAUCUGCGCUGACUUUCAAACUUUAUGA